CUCACCGGAAGUGUCAUGAGGAGCUGGGUGGGACCGCUGCGCGCCGCCGCCGCCUGGGGGCCGUGCUCGGAGUCGGGCGGGUUCCGCACCCGCUUCGAUUUCGGCAGCCGCGAUGCGGCCUCAUGGUUCCCCGGGCACAUGGCGAAAGGACUGCGGCAGAUGCGGGCCUCCCUGCGGCGUGCCGACUGCCUCGUCGAGGUGCACGACGCUCGUAUCCCACUGUCAGGCCGUAAUCCUGUGCUGCAGGAGGUGCUGGGCAUCCGCCCACAUCUUCUGGUGCUGAACAAGAUGGACCUGGCUGACCCACGCCAGCAGUCAAGAGUCCUGGAGCAACUGAGGCAGCAGGGAUGCUCGCAUGUUGUCUUCACUGAUUGUCAGCGGGAUAGCAAUGUCAAGAAGAUUGUGCCCCUGGUCGCCAAGCUAGUCAGCAGCAGCCCACGCUACCACCGGGCUGAGAGUAUCGAGUACAGCAUCAUGGUGAUUGGUGUGCCCAAUGUAGGCAAGUCAUCGCUUAUCAACUCUUUGCGGAGGUUGCACCUCAAAAAGGGAAGAGCCACAGCAGUGGGUGGUGAGCCAGGUGUCACCAAGGCGGUGCUGACCCGGAUCCAGGUGUGCGAGACUCCCCUGAUGUACCUGGUGGACACGCCAGGUGUGCUGCCCCCAAAGUUGGCCGAUGUGGAGACGGGGAUGAAGCUGGCAUUGUGUGGAGCCAUCCGUGACCAUUUAGUGGGUGAGGACAUCAUGGCUGACUACCUGCUGUACGUACUGAACCAGCAGCAGCAGUUUGGAUACAUGGAGCGCUAUGGACUGCCCGAGGCCAGUGACAACAUCAGGCAUGUGCUGAAGUACGUGGCGGUCACCCUGGGCAAGAUGCAGAAGGUGAAGGUGCUGACAGGCACAGGGAAUGUCAACAUGAUGAUGCUCAACUACUCAGCUGCUGCCUAUGAGUUCCUGCGGGCCUUCCGUGCCGGGCGCCUGGGUAGACUGACAUUGGACUGAGGGUCCUGGAGUAGAGCAGGGCAUGCCACAUCUCCCCCAGCUCCAGGUGGUGGCAUGGUGUGAUUAAAGCUGCUUUGUUCCUA